AUGGACAAGGUCCUGAAAGCAUUGUUUUUAGUCCUAGGCCUUCACCUAGAUGGGGUGAGUGGUCAGCAGAAGGAAAGAAGCGACCAGCAGCAGGUGAGACAAAGUCCCCAAUCUCUGACAGUCUGGGAAGGAAGGACCACAGUUCUGAACUGCACUUAUGAGAACAGCUUAUUUAACUACUUCCCAUGGUACCGGCAGUUCCCUGGUGAAGGCCCUGCUCUCCUGACAGCCAUAAGUUCAGUGUCCAAUAAAAAGGAAGAAGGACGAUUCACAGUCUUCUUCAGUAAGAGCGACAAGCAGCUCUCCUUGCACAUCACAGACUCACAGCCUGGAGACUCCGCCACCUACUUCUGUGCAGCAAGCUGUGGGAACAGUGGAAGCAGCAGUUACAACCUGGCAUUUGGGAAAGGAACUCUCUUAACUGUGAAUCCAAAUAUCCAGGACCCAAAACCUGCUGUGUACCAGCUGAGAGAUCCUAAGUCCAAGAACAAUACCAUUUGCCUGUUCACUGACUUUGGUUCUCAAGCCAAGAUGCCACAAAGCAUGACUGACGGAGUGUUCAAGUCUAACGAAACUGUGCUGGACAUGAAGUCUAUGGAUUCCAAGAGCAAUGGGCUCAUCGUCUGGAGCAAACAUAAUAGUCUCAACUGUAACGCUGACUUUGCAGUGAACGCCUCCUACCCCAGUGCUGAAGUUCCCUGUGAUGCCAAGUUGAUAGAGAAAAGCUUUGAAACAGAUAUGAACCUAAACUUUCAAAACCUGACAGUAAUGGGACUCCGAAUCCUCCUCCUGAAAGUGGCCGGAUUUAACCUGCUGAUGACAUUGCGGCUGUGGUCCAGUUGAGGUCGGCAAGACUGAAAGAGCCCGAACUCCCAAGCUCCUUCCUCUUCAUCACCCUUCCCCUCCCUCCUCAAGCAGAAAGGAGCCCUCCCACCUCAUGAAGAAGGCUCUCUGGCUGGCUGGCCCCCACUCACAGUCCCACCAACUAGAUCUCCCCAGUGUGUGAUGAAGAUGGCUGGAGAGCUGCUAAGCACUGCUGCGCCCGCUCUGCUCCCUUCCUGCUGCUGGCCGUUCACAGAGACGUCAAGGGCUGUGGCUUCUCCUGGGUCCAGAGACUCACCCCCAGCCCCCACGACAGAUCCCCAGGACAGUCGCCUGGACUGCGGCUCCCGGAGAAUGUUGCAAAGAACAUGUUUUUGUGGGUUUCUCUUUUAAGCAUCCAUAAAGUAAUACACAUUACUCUUUUG